AUGGCGAAGAGACUGCAAAGAGCUUCCGGCAGCCGGGCUGAGCUGCUGGUCAUCCUCCAGCUUUGCUACCAGGCUCGGCGCUCCCUGAAGCAAGGACAGGGAAGCUCUCAAAGCCACGGCCACUGUGCAGAGAAAAUAAAUUCUCCAGAGGACAGCACCUACUGGCUCCUGACUGAGUACUGCAGUGGCUUCAUGGUGUCUCAGGUUCUCUUUGCUGCCUGUGAGCUGGGUGUGUUUGACCUCCUUGCUGAGGCCCCGGAGCCCCUGGACUUGACCACAGUUGUUCCACAUCUGGGCACCAGUGCCCAUGGGACAGAGCAGCUGCUGGACACCUGUGCAUCCCUGAAGCUGCUUCAAGUGGAAACGAAGAGAGGAAAAGCUUUAUGUGAAGACACAGAGCUCUCCAGCCCCUACCUCACUAGGGUCAGCCAGUCCCAGUGCAACACGCUUCUGUACACGGCCAGGACGACCUACCGCUGCUGGGGCCACCUGGCCGGGGCCGUGAGAGAAGGGAAGAACCAGCAUCUGAAGGCCUUCGGCGUUCCCUCUGAAAAGCUUUUCACAGCCAUCUACAGGUCUGAGGGCGAGCGUCUGCAGUUCAUGCGAGGUCUGCAGGAGGUCUGGAGCAUCCACAGGUGAAGCGUGCUUGCUGCCUUCGACCUGUCACUGUUCCCGCAUGUCUGCGACCUUGGCGGAGAUUUCUUUAAAGAGUCCCUUCCAGAAGCAGAUCUCUACAUCCUGGCCAGGGUCCUUCAUGACUAA